CCUGAUCAAAGAUGGGUUUCAAUUGAACAAGCCUCGUAUAUACUGCAGAAUUUCCAUCCGCUAACGUAUGAUGACAUUUUGCGCUGCGUCGAAUGGUGUUAAAAGUCUCUUAAUGUGUUACAGCUCUAGGCGUCGGCCUUACAAUGUCAUCCUACAGCCUGGCCCUAAACACAUACUUCAAAGAUAAACGCGACAAGGCCGUGAGCCUAUCAAUGACGAUAUCCGGACUGGGACCCAUAGUAAUGCCCCAGGUGAUCAACCAAUUAAUGGAAGAAUAUACCUCUGAAGGAGUAACAUUGAUAUUAGCAGGCAUCUGUACACAUUCUUUCGUAGCUGCAUGCCUUUUGCAGCCCGUAAAGUAUCACCAACGCAAGAUCGUACUGCAGGAGAUGCAAGAGAUGAAUAAGAAGUCUAUUGACUCGGCAGAGAUGAAGAUACCGAGUAUUGACAUGACGUUGGAUGACGAGGUGUUUGAUGAAGACGAGGUGUAUCAUACCUUACCAGCGAUGAGUUCUAAGGUGGCGAUUUCUCGGAGAUACUCACAGGCAGAUAGAGGCAGAUAUGGCAGGAAAGAUUCAGUGAUGUCAAUGUUCAGUUACGAGCAAGAAGCAGCAGGAGUAUAUGGAAUUGACUCCACGUUAGUUGGAUCAAGCGUCAUUUCAUUGGAUACUGUUCGCAUACCGACACUAAUGCGUCAAAACACCAAGACAAAGUACCAAUGGUGGACAAGCGCAUCUACCAUCAACCUGGAAAGCUCCUAUAAUAUUUUUGAUGAGAAACCAAAUGGGGAUAAGGUUUAUAAUGAACUUAGUGUGAAAAAAGAACAGAAAACCAGAUGGAGACGUUUUCUUGACCAAGUUAUCCUGUUUUUCGAUCUGAAUCUCCUUAAAGAUGGAGAGUAUUGCAUUAUAAUGAUUGGAAUAUCUGUGGCAGUUUUUGCAGAAAUCAAUUUUUCAGUACUGACUGUCUUCAUCUUGAAUGACUAUGGUAUGGACACAGGGCAAAUUGCUGAGUUUCUAUCGGUAGUCGCUGCUGCAGAUAUCACUUUUCGUUUUCUGGCACCGUACAUUGAUCAUGUGCUCAAGCAACCUCCAAGGACCGUCUACCUACUCAGUCUUGUAGCACUGGUCAUUAUUAGAUCUGGUAAGACAAUACAUACAGUGUGGCCCAGAAAAACGUGUCAAUCUCUCGUAUCCAUGUAAAACAAAAAAAAAAUACACAAAUAGUCUGACAAAAAUCUAAAACUGGAUUGAGUGAUUUGAAAAUCUAUAUCAGUGGUCGGCAACAUUUUUAGUGUGUUGAGCUACUUUGAUAAUUUUGGAAUAAACAGUGAGCUACAACAAUGUAAGCCAACUUAAAUGAAAUUAUACACAGUUGUAUGCGACAUACUAAUAAACUUAAAUAAACGAAUAACUAAUACAUACUACGUAACUACAUCCAUUCCUACCAAUCCUAGGUGUUUGAAAAAUAAAAAAAAUUUCGUCAUCUACAAUGGCAUGUCACAAACGAUUUAAUAAAGGUAACAAAAAAUAAAAUAAGCAACGCGCUAUUUGAAACAAAAACAUGCGUGUUCAGUGAGAAGCCUGACACUCAGAUUCACUGACAAUUUUUUUUUAUACUUA